CUCUCUCUAUUCAAAAACUAAAUAUAUAGCUCAAAUUAAUUUCUCAAGACCUUAGAAAGAUGAAGGCUGGUUCUUUUCUCGCAAUGAUCUUCGUUGUAACCUUGGUUCUCCUAGGGGAACUUCAGGCAAGCGAGGCAGUGACAUGCAAUGCCUCGCAGCUGAGUGAGUGUGUGGGGGCAGUCACGUCUUCACAGCCACCAUCUUCGGCAUGUUGCAGCAAAAUGAGGGAGCAACAGCCUUGUCUGUGUGGGUACAUGAAGGAUCCCAGCCUGAGACAAUAUGUCAAUAGUCCUAAUGCUAGAAGGGUUGCUAAUGCCUGUGGAGUUGCCGUUCCUAGUUGUUAGAAUACUUAUGUGUGCAAAUGUAAAAUCCUUUAUUAAUUACUGUUGCUUGUACUAAGGGAAUUAUAAGCCUAUGUUGGCCCCUUUUACCUAAAUAAAAAACGUUGUG